AUGUUUGCUGACUGCUCUGCUUUGGAAGGAAAGUGUGUUCAACAGCUAAUGAUGGAGAAUGGCCAAUGGAAUUAUACUUUACUUCAGAGAUGGUUCCAUCCAGAAUUAUUGAAAGCUAUCAUCAACAUACAAAUUAAUCCCUGCAGUGCUGAUACGGUGGAAUUGCAGAAAUUCUGUCAUGGGAAAACAGUCUCGGGUUUGGCUUUUGAACAAGUUUUAAAUAUAAGAUUCAAUUUAAUGGAAGAUGGUUAUUACAAGUGGCUCAACAAACUCAAACUUAGCAAGAAGGUGGAAAUGUUUUGGUGGAGACUUGGCAAUGCUUCUAUUCCUACCAACUUGUAUCUUAAAAACUGUAAGCUUCUUGAAGAUGAUUUAUGUGCUAGAGGUUGUGCUACGGUGGAGAAUUAUGAGCAUAUCAGUGUACAAUGCAAGUAUUUGGUGGAAAUCAUCAAUAAGCUCAUUGCUUGGGGUAUUCCUAUUCCUAUUUUUAAUUCCAUGGAUCAUUGCCUUAUUGAGCUUAAAAAAAUUUCUGAAAAAAAUCUGGGUGUGGUACAAAUUUAUUGUACUAUUGUAUACUUCUCUUGGAAAAAUAGGAAUGAGAUAAAGCAUGGAAAAUCUGCUCUUCCUUCUUAUUCAGUGGCUUCUAAUGCUCUUUAUGUAGCCAUUACCAAAUCUAAUCCUUCUCUUUCUAACUUGAGCACUAAUCUCUUUAGGGAGUCUUAUAUUUCUUGGUGCCCCCCACCGAAAGAGUGGAUGAAAAUCAAUAUUGAUGCUUCCUUAACUCAUUCGGGAUUAGCUGGAAUUGGUGGUAUUUUUCGAGAUUGCAUUGGUAGAUUCAUUCUUGCUUUUGGGAGAAAGAUGAUUCAUUGGGAUAUUGCACAAUUGGAGAUGGGUGCUAUUCUCUCGGUCAAGGAUUAUGUCAAGAGCUGGAUGAGAGAUUAUAAAGGAGUUAUUAUUGAAAGUGAUAACUUGAAUGUUAUCAACUACAUUCAAAAAUCAUUGAAGCAAGACAAAAGCACCAUGAUCUUCAAUCUAGUAAGUGAUUCUUUAUUUGUGAAUGACUUCAAUAAAGUUGUUUUUGUACAUGCUUAUAGAGAACGUAAUAAGGUAGCAAACUUGUGUGCUACUAUGGCUUUAGAGGAUAGUUUUUACUUUGACAGUUUUUCUUUUGAUGAUAUCCCUCUCUUGAUGGCUAAUUUAAUGAAGGAAGAAUAUCAUCCUCCUGAUGGUUGUACUUAG